AUGGAUUACAUAAUGUUGUUCGAGCUUCGUAAGUCAGUGGAGUUCAUCAGCGGAGCACAUGAUGACCUAAAACUCUCCAUUGAUACAUUGAUCAAGGAUAAUGCUCAUCUAAAAGGCGCAAACCAGCUAUUGCAAACCACGGUUCACGAUCUGGAAGGAAGAUUAAAUAGCCUGGAACAGCACUUAAGAGAGAAUAAUUUAGAAUUGCAUGGUGUCCCUGAAUUUCGUUCGGAGAAUUUGUCUACCGUAUUGCAUCAAUGUGCGCAAUUUACUGGGCACAAAUUAAAUGAUGGAGACGUAGUUAGCUGUGUGAGAGUUGCAAAACUUAAUAAGGACAGCAAACUGCCUAAGACUAUUGUGGCUAAAUUUAAGAGUGUCCGGAGUCGUGACGAAUUCUAUUCAGCUGUGUACCGCUACAACAAAGACAACCCUAAUGACAAACUGAAUACGAAUCAUUUGGGCGUAGCGGGUGAGAAAAAGCCUAUUUAUGUCUGUGAGCACUUGUCCCCAUUCUAUAAAACCCUUCAUGCAGCUGCGAGGAAAAAAGCAAAGGAGACUGGGUACAAGUUCGUAUGGGUACGCAAUGGACGCAUUUUCGUUAGAAAGGACCCCAACUCUUCGUACAUCCACAUCAAGAACCAGGAAAGUCUUGCACUUAUUCGUUAA